AUGGCAAUGAAAAACUACAGUGCUAUCAGUGAGUUCAUUCUCCUUGGACUAUCCAUUGACCCCAAUAUUCAGGACAUACUCUUUGUGUUAUUCCUUCUGAUUUAUCUCUUCACUCUGAUGGGAAAUUUCUUGAUGCUGCUGGUGAUUAGGCCUGAUUCCCACCUCCACAUGCCCAUGUACUUCUUUUUGAGACAGCUCUCCUUCCUGGACCUCUGCCACUCAUCUGUCACAGUCCCCAAGAUGCUGGAGAAUCUACUUUCUGAAAGCAAAACCAUCUUUGUAGAGAGCUGCCUGGCUCAGGCCUUCUUUAUGUUUGCCACGGGGGGUACUGAGGCCUGUCUGCUGGCUGUGAUGGCCUAUGACCGCUAUGUAGCCAUCACCUGCCCUCUGCUCUAUGGCCAAGUGAUGAGCAACCAGCUCUGUGUUGGGAUGGUGUGGGGUUCCUGGGGCCUGGCCUUUGCUGAUGCUCUCAUCAAUAUCCUCUUGGCUGUCAAUUUAGACUAUUGUGAGGACCAGACUAUUCCCCACUUCAGCUGUGAGCUGUCUUCUCUCUUCUCUCUGUCUUGCUCUGAUACCUCCACCAACUUCACACUCCUGCUCUGCUCCUCUGUCCUACAUUUCUUUGGAACCUUCCUUAUGAUUGUUUUCUCCUAUGCCCAAAUUGUCUCCACCAUCCUGAGUAUCAGCUCCACCUCAGGCAGAGGCAAGGCCUUCUCCACCUGCUCCUCCCACCUCACUACUGUGACCUUGUUCUAUGGCUCAGGUUUCCUCAGCUAUCUCUUGCCAACUUCAGGCUCCCCUCUGGAGAUGAUGUUCUCCUUACAGUACAGUGUGGUCACUCCCAUGCUAAACCCCCUCAUUUAUAGCCUGCAGAACAAGGAGGUGAAGGCAGCUAUGGGAAGAAUGUUCAGAAAAUACUUGCAUUCUUUCAUGUAG